CGUGGAAUCGGCAGUCUUCGCGGACUACGCAUGCGCAAGACUAUGCACGUGACCCUCAAUCGGAUCAUGUGACUGCUGUUCUUUCAUUCUUCGUCUCUGCGAACCAGUGUGAGUGCGCUAGAAGUCUCCAGCCAUGGAAGAAGUGGACACAAUCAUUAUCGCUACACUGAGAGACGUCGGCUGCGGAUUUGACGAGAGCGUGGUGAGUCUGAUCAACUUCUCAGCGGCCAUGGUGGUGGAGGCGUGUGUGAGAUGCCUGAGAGUCAUUCUACCAGACUUUAACUGCCCCGCCUCCAUGCCAGAGGUCAUGUCUGCCCGAUACCGCAUGUGCUCCACCCUCGCCAAUGCCUGUCAGGAGCUGGGUUACCAGGGGGAGAUAGGCUAUCAGACCUUCCUCUACUCCAGUGUGAAGGAAUGGAGAAAAUUGCUCAUGUUUCUGUUGGAAAAACUGCCCAGAGAGGCCGUCCAAGCUGCCGAUGAACCCACAGGUGCUAGAAUGGUGUUGAAUAGGAGGAUAUCGGCAGAGCUCUCGGCAGCCAUCACCUCUUCCUGGACUCCGCCUUUCUGCAAGAGACACGGACUGGUCUUGAGGAAGGGACACUGGCAGAGGGAGGGUGGAGCUGGUUGUCAUGGCUACCACUCUAGUGAUGUAAGAGCUCCAGAAGGGACGGGAGACAUUUCAGCCAGGAUCCCAAAAGAUGUACUCCGGUACUACAGCAGUCACAUGAGGUUUGUGCCUGCCCAGCCUCGCGUCAGACGAGACGUCCUGGCCUCGCUGCUGGAGAGGAACGCCAGUGAGGUGGCAGCUCAGCAGGAGUGGGAGGCAGAGUGGAACACCCAGGGCCUCACCUCCAGACUCUCUGAGGAGGAGUACAGGGCCAGGAAGAGACAGAGACUGAAGAAGAAGUUGACGGAGCAGCUGACGUCCAGUCUGAGACAGGGUUCAGCCUCAGCCUCUGCUGCUCUGGGGGCCGCCUCUGACCUCCAGACAAUUCUCAACUCAUUCACUGAUAAGCUGUCGGCGGGUGUCCAGGGCACUGGGAGUAGGUUCCAGCAUGCGGAGAAACUACAAUUUGCCAAGGAGGAAGAAGUUCCCAUGCAGGUUGAGGAGGCCACUGAAGAGGAGUUGCAGCAACAGAGGGAACAGGAGGUGGCCUCACUUCAAGAGCAGCUCUCGGUUCUCACGGCUCAGCUGGAGGCUCUGGAGCUGGGUCGCAAGAAAUUCUCAGCCAGUAUGCAGCAGAUGAUGGAGAGAGAGUUGGAGCAGGGCGGUCAGAACAAGGAUGAGGAAGAGGCCUACAAGGUCAAGAAAAAGACCCACGAUCUCCUGCCCAACGCAGACGAAAACAUGAGGAAACUCAAGGAGUUGGUCCAGGGGAGUGCAGACAGACUGACAAAGUUGUCGGCCAAGUGGGAGGAGGUGAGGGGACCGCUGGUGGAGAGAUACCGGGUCCUCCGCAGGGAGAGCGAGGGGAGGGAGAGCGAGGAGACGAGGCUGCUCGGGGAGGUGGGGCGACUGCGGUCCAGGAUGAAGGAGGUGGCUGACGAGACCAGACAGAAGGAGAGUCUCUACAAGCAGCUGGUCACGGAGUACGAGCAGCUGAGCAAGGGGCAGAGCAGGGUGUCCUACACCAGAAGGAUUCUAGAGAUUGUGGCCAACAUUCAGAAACAGAAGGAAGACAUUGGUCGAUCCUUGCCGACACUCGCAAGGUACAGAAGGAGAUAAACCAGCUGGCGGGUAAACUGGAUCGAGUAUUCACCAUGACAGAUGAACUGGUGUAUAAAGACGCCAGGAAAGACGAGGCACGCAGACAGGCCUACAAGAUGCUGGCCAGUCUUAGAGAUAACUGUGGGAAGGUAGUGGAGGCAAUAAAGGAGACUGGGCAGACAAAGAGAGAUCAGAGAGACCUCGAAGACCAGAUUGACAGUGAGUCGGGGAAGAAGGUGGCAGCCAAUCUGAAGGAGAUCGAGGCAGAUCUGGCACAGAUGAAGUCUGAGAACAGUCAACUGCUGGCCCAGCUCAAGGCAUAGGACAACUGCCUCGUGUGUCUAGUUUGAUCACUUUGUAAUAAUAGGAGUGUUUGGAUUAUUUUUGUGAAAAAUAGAGAUCUGAUUGAGUUUAAGUUAUGAUUUGUGAUUGUCAGUCUGUUUCUCUGCUCUAGCAAUGAGUCGUUUAACCCCCAUCAUCCACAUAUUAACCUCAGAAGUAUGGUCCACCAUCAGAGCCACCUGAAUUCUUCGUGCCUCUUCAACUCUACCCGCUUCAAGAGCUAGAGUUGAGAAAAGGAGGAGAGGAGGGUAGAAAUACAGUGCUAGUGCUAACACCACAGAAAGUUUCCUCCGAAAGUGUGCUGCUGUGUAUAUACCUGUAAGUAGAGCUGUCGUGUGUGUCAUGACAUGAGGUGAGAGAGCUCCACUGUUCCACUGCGUCCUCAUUGCACCCAAUCUCUUCAUCACCUCCUCCACCUCCUUCUCUGUCAUGGAAGUCUUGUGUCGCUCCAGCUGCAUCUGAAACCCAUCGACAACUCUGGAGUAAUCAUCCUCCACUCCACCACCUCCGGAGUCGGUUACUCCGACUACCCCAGAUGAUACCUCACCACUCUGUGAUCUGGACAGAGAUGUCUGCUAAUGAGUGUGAGUUUAU